UUUAACAACGACAACUCAUAUUCAAAAUCAUUACAGGAACUACAUAAUCAUUUGAAAUGAGAUCUUUCUCGCCAACACCGGAUCAACGAAUCGAGAUAGAUCGAAUGCUAUCGGUCGUACCACCUAGACCUUUCCCUACUUAUGACCAUCUCAAUUACGUCGACUUCUUAGAUAACCAUCUGAUACCGAAUACCCCAUUCCUUUUGUCUUCGAAUAAUACAUUUACCUGGCCUGCCGCUGGAUUAUUUCGAAAACCGAAUACUCAAUCUACAGCAUCUUUACCGAACUUGCCGGCUCUUCGGCAAUACUCGCAUCACGUAGUGCCCGUUGCAAACACACUUCAGCCCCAAUUUUCAGAGUUCGAACGAACUGAAAAGCCAUUGGGUGAAGUGCUGGACCUUUGGGAAGAUCAAGAAUCGGAAGAAGGGCGUGGAUUGUAUGUCAAAGACUGGCAUCUUAUGGCUGAGCUGGAAAGCGAGGGUAAAGGUGUUGGCGAGCUGUAUUCUGUGCCAGAAAGCUUGAGAGACGACUGGCUCAACCCUCCAUAUACUCCAUCGCCUCGAAUGGAGCCCAUCAGCAAUUCGGCCUCCCCAUCUGAUUUCAGGUUUACCUAUGUCGGGCCAGCAUUAACGUAUACGCCUCUGCAUAGUGAUGUUUAUGGCUCUUAUUCUUGGUCGGCGAACGUAGUGGGUCGAAAGAUGUGGUGGCUUUUCCCCCCUGACAAGUUGGGUCGGGUCAAAGAUGAAAAUGGAGAGUUGAUAUUCGAUGUGAGACAUUUAGAAGAAGAAGGAGGGGCGAUAAAAGUUAUUCAAGAGGAGGGUGAAAUAAUAUUCGUCCCUUCCGGGUGGCAUCAUCAAGUCGUCAACCUUGACUUUUGCAUAUCGAUCAACCACAAUUUUUUUGCGUCACCCACCCUGCCGCACAUUUACCGAACUCUUUGUAUCUCUCAAGAUCGCGUAGAGGACUCAAUAGCAGACGUCAAGGGCAUGAUCAUUGAACGACUAGGCGCGAAAGAUGAUCAGUGGGAGAAGGAGUGGUUUCAGGAAGUGCAGAACUUGUUGGAAAUGGAUGCAGGAUGGGGCUGGAGAGGGUUCUGGGAGACUAUAAUGAAGAAUCUUAAGUGUCCACCAUCUGUCAAUGCUCCAACUGUCUCACAACGAGAUGACUGGAUUGGAGGAGUGAUCAAGCAAUACAAGGAAAGAAGGGAAUGGGUCGUACUAGAAAGUGUUAGAACAAUAGUGGAGGAUAUUGAGAGUCGGAUAGUGUAAUUGGGCGCAUGUCAUCUAAAUACCUUGAAGUAUACGUAGCGCAUAGGACGAUAUCGGAAUGGUGGGGCUUCAAACCGACCAUAUCAGCCCAUUGCGAGAAACAAAAGGAAUAGAUCGUGCUAAAAAAACAAACUACCCAAAUGAACAGACCUGCCUUCUUCGUUGGUCUUCAAAUAGAAUGAUGCACGCC